UUCCGUGUAGUCAAGGCUGUUGUAAGGCGGCUAACUGUGCGUCUUAUCUGUCAGUUGUAAGUCGGUGCUGCAGCAUCGCUUUCAUUUGCAUUUUUUGUUUUAUUAAUUUACAUUUUAUUUUUGUCUGUUACUUUGUCCUACUCCCCGAAGCAUGCUACGAUUAAGAUCGGUACUCUAUCAGUCUCUGAGAGGGUUCAGGACGGCCCCCUGUGCUGCUGUUGAAGUGAAGAAUGAGCCCAUCCUGGGGUUUAAGGAGGGCAGCCCGGAGAGGGCGGAGCUACUGAAGGCUCUGCAGGAACUGAGGGGGAAAACGGAGGAGAUUCCUUGCGUGGUCGGGGACGAGCAUGUCUGGACCAAAGACAUCCGAUACCAGCUGUCGCCCUUCAAUCACUCGCACAAAGUGGCCAAGUUUUGCUACGCUGACAAGGACCUCCUGAACCGGGCCAUCCUGGCUGCAGUGGCCGCCCGCAGGGAGUGGGACCUGAAGCCGGUCCAGGACCGGGCCCAGGUCCUCUUCAAGGCAGCAGACAUGAUCAGCGGUCCCAGGAGGGCCGAGGUGUUGGCCAAGACCAUGCUAGGACAGGGUAAGACUGUGGUCCAGGCAGAGAUCGAUGCUGCUGCUGAGCUGAUCGACUUCUUUCGCUUCAACGCUAAACACGCCAUCGAGCUGGAACACCAGCAGCCCCUCAGUGCUGAUGGCAGCACCAACACCAUGCUGUACCGCGGCCUGGAGGGCUUUGUUGCUGCUGUGGCUCCCUUUAACUUCACGGCGAUUGGAGGGAACCUGGCAGGCACCCCGGCUCUCAUGGGUAACGUGGUCCUGUGGAAGCCCAGUGACACGGCUAUGUCCGCCAGCUACGCCGUGUAUAAGAUCCUGAGGGAGUGCGGCCUCCCGCCCAACAUCAUCCAGUUUGUGCCAGCCGAUGGCCCCCUCUUUGGGGACACCAUCACGGCCUCCGAGCACCUGGCCGGCAUCAACUUCACUGGCAGCGUCCCGACCUUCAAGCGUCUGUGGAAGCAGGUGGCCCAGAACCUGGAUCAUUACCGGAACUUUCCACGAGUAGCAGGAGAGUGUGGGGGAAAGAACUUUCACUUUGUGCACAAGUCAGCGGACGUCCAGAGCGUGGUGAUGGGGACGAUCCGCUCGGCGUUUGAGUAUGGGGGGCAGAAGUGCUCGGCCUGCUCCAGGAUGUACGUUCCAGACACCCUGUGGCCCCAGAUUCAGCAGGAGCUUCUGGCCGUGCACAAACAGCUCAAAGUGGGAGACCCCGUUGAAGAUUUCAGCACUUUCUUUUCUGCUGUCAUCGAUGACAAGUCCUUUGCCCGCAUUAAGAAGUGGCUGAACCACGCCAAGUCUUCCCCGAAUCUGAAGGUCAUCGCUGGGGGCAACUGUGACGACAGUAAGGGCUACUUUGUGGAGCCAACCAUUGUCGAGACCAAGGACCCAAGGGACGCCAUUAUGAAUGAGGAAAUCUUUGGCCCUGUCCUGACUGUGUACGUUUACCCUGAGAAUGAUUACAAAGCAGUGCUGGAGCUGAUUGACAACACCUCCCCCUACGCUCUGACAGGGGCCGUCUUCGCCCUCGAUAAGAAUGUGGUGGGUGAGGCCGCUAAGGCCUUGCGGAAUGCUGCUGGAAACUACUAUGUUAAUGACAAGUCCACCGGGUCCAUCGUUGCCCAGCAACCCUUUGGGGGCGCUAGAGCUUCAGGCACUAAUGACAAACCCGGCGGACCACACUACGUGCUCAGAUGGACCUCCCCCCAGGUUGUCAAGGAGACCCACGUCCCGCUGAAAGAAUGGAAGUACCCUUACAUGGGUUGAGAAGAGACUACACCCCACCCCACCCCCACCCCCACCCC